CGCCUCCGCAGCUGUCACUGCGGCAGCUACGCCCUCACCGGCUAAUUCACAAACAUAUUUCUUUAUUUUAUUUGUGUGUAAGUGAUUUUGGCGGACACAGAGGGCUUUGGUGCGGUAUCCGUGCCAAGCCGCGGCGAGCGGAGCGGAAGUGGCUGUGCGACAGGCGCAGGACAUUUAGCGCCACUCGGAGCAACUCCUCCCCGGUUCCUCUGCUCAUCUGUUCUGAAGGCGCCAGAUCAGAGGAACCAGGCUGGCCUAGCCAAACAAAGCAGCGCUCAGCACCAGGCAGGGCGGCUCGUUUGGACCCGGUUCUGCUGACGCAGAGAAGAGUGAACUUCAAGGGCAGAAUCCUGAGGUUUACUCACACGGUGUCACCGAGCUCACGGACCAUCAUGAGAGGGCAGAGGGAUGAGAAGGAACCCAGGUCUGCAGCACCCACAGAGAAACCAGUCCGAGCGAGGAAGAGGAAGGCAGAUGUUGCUGUUCAUUUACCAGAUCUGGAUGAAGAGGAGGCAGAGCUGAUGAAGAAGAAGAAGCAUCGCGAGUGUGAGGUGAGUCUGAGUCCCGACUACACGAGCCCACAAAGGUGGAGCCCCGGACCCGAGCAGGAAGACCACCCUCAGGCCUCCCGGAUCAAUGCUGGCCUCCUUUACUACGAUAUCCAGAACAUUUUUGUCACUCCGGUUCACUGUGCUCCUCUGCCGGCACUGUGCUGGGCCAGUAAGGAUGUGGUGUGGACCAACAUGUUGGAGAAGGAUAAGAGCUACACCAGGGACGUCCACAUGCUGGAGAAGCAUCCUCAUCUACAGCCCAAGAUGAGAGCAGUUCUCCUGGACUGGCUCAUGGAGGUGAGUGAGGUGUAUAAACUCCACAGGGAGACGUAUCAUCUCGCUCAGGACUACUUUGACCGCUUCAUGGCCACUCAGAGAAAUGUCUUCAAGUCCACACUACAGCUCAUCGGCAUCACUUGUCUUUUCAUUGCAGCCAAAGUGGAGGAGAUGUACCCUCCUAAAGUCCACCAGUUUGCCUACGUCACAGAUGAAGCCUGUACAGAGGACGACAUUCUCAGUAUGGAGAUCAUCGUUAUGAAGGAGCUGAAGUGGAGUCUCAGUCCACAGACUCCCAUCUCCUGGCUCAACGUUUACAUGCAGGUGGCCUACCUGACCGACUCGGAGAAGCUGCUGAUUCCCACCUACCCCCAGCAGACCUUCACACAGAUCGCACAGCUGCUGGACCUGUGCUUGUUGGAUGUGAGGUGCCUCGAGUUUUCCAACGGUGUUCUUGCCGCUUCAGCACUUUUCCACUUUUCCUCUCUGGAGUUGGUGGAAAACGUUUCAGCUCUGAAAAGGGUGGAGGUGGAGGAGUGUGUCAGGUGGAUGGUGCCAUUUGCCAUGGUGCUGCGAGAGGCCGGAGACUCAAGAAUGAAAGCGUUCCUGGGAAUCCCUCCCGAGGACACGCACAACAUCCAAAGCCACGCCCCCUUUCUAACAUGGCUGGACAAGGCCCACUCCUACCAGAAUACGGACCUGGAGCACCACAGCAGCUGUCCAGUUCCCUCCGGUGUCCUGACUCCUCCUCUGAGCAGCGAGAAAGCUGAGGAAGCGGUCCGUGUGGAAGCUGCGGUUCCGAAGAUGAGACCUAGGAUGAGUUUACCUUCCCUCCAACACCACCUGCUGGAGUAGACCCUGCCCAGGUCACGGCCGUAGCUUCUGUUGAUCCCACCGACUGAUGAAACUGGGACGGUUUUCCCCUCCUCCCUUCAAGCGUUGCCUUCUGCAUGUGCAGACCUGCCAUGGACUCAUCAGAUCUCUACACAAAUGUUUUUAACUGCGGUGCUCCCAGAUGUUUGCAUCAAUUGCCGACCACUCUUUUUAUCUUCUAUGCAGACGGCUAAUUGAGAGAACGUUUUCCAGAUUCAUUACUUGAUUUUGGGUGUUUGAUUUUUUUAUUGUGAUUUAAUUAAUUUUUUUUAUUCAGUCAUUUGCCCAGUAACCCUUUCUAGGGUCCUACAUGACCCUAUGUGCUGCUAAAAAUGGGCUUUGCAUGAUGGGAAAUGUUCUUUCUGGUUCUCCUCUGGCUGAAACCAGAUGGUGUUUGGUUCUGGGACCAGUAGCUUGGCUACCUCAAAGGACAGGUGAACCAGCCAGGCUUCAAAAGCUCUAAUGUGGAUUUAUUUAACUUGAUCACAAAUGGCUGUUUUACGUCCCAAGUGUUGUUUUUUUAAAUGCUGCUAAAUGACUUCUAUAAAAGCAUCUGAAAGCUG